UUACAUAGCCAUUCGUAAACAAUUUAAAUUCCUUUCUUACCUGGCGGACGCACGUUUCAAUAUUUAUCCCGGAUAAUAGGAAAAUGAAUCGAAAUCGUUUUCGCGGUCGUCGAGGUGGUGGUGGUGACGGCGAUUAUGGUGCAGGCCAUAGUGGCCAUGGAGGAGGCCGUGGUCGUGGUGGAGGUAGACCACCUGGUCUAAGUGGUCGAGAAAUCGGAAUGUAUUAUCGCAAUCUUGGCAUGAAAAAGAGAGAUGAGGAGCAACGAACAGGCGGUAUACGACUUAAUCCAUCCAUAGAUAUUCCACCUGGAGUUCUUAGUCAGGUUCAUAAAUUCUUGGAAGCAUUUGAACAACAAAAUCAGGAUGAGCAGGUUUGUCAUGAGUUCCAAGAACAUUUCCAUAACCUGCUGCAUGUUAGCUUCGAAGAGUUUUUGGAAAAGGCCAAAGAGAAUUUUGACUCGAAGCCAAACCCAAAUGAAGAACAUAGUGAACGUCUGAAAUUGGAGUUGGAAAGAAAAAAUGAAAAUGAAGAAUAUCUGAAAAAGUUGAGAAUGCGUCAAAAAUUACCUACCAUGCAGCAGUCUGAGAAUAUUUUGAAGUCGAUAAGAGAAAUUCAAGUUGUAUUGGUAGUGGGCAGCACGGGCUGUGGCAAAACAACGCAAAUACCUCAAUUGAUAUUGGAUGAAAUGAUUGCGGCCAAUAAGGGCAAUACAUGUCGCAUUGUAUGCACCCAACCGAGAAGAAUAUCGGCAAUAUCAGUAGCCGAGCGAGUGGCUUAUGAACGGCACGAGGCGCUAGGCAGUUCUGUGGGCUAUCAAAUUCGAUUGGAAAGUCGCAUGCCUCGAGACAAUGGUUCCAUCUUAUAUUGCACCACCGGCAUUUUGUUGCAGAAAAUGCAAACAGACCCGCUGAUGAGUGAGCUGACCACAAUAAUAUUGGACGAAAUACACGAACGCAGUGUGGAAACGGAUCUGCUGAUGGGUCUUUUGAAAAUUAUACUCCCCUAUCGUCCUGAUUUAAAAGUGAUAUUAAUGAGUGCCACCGUAUCGGAGGAAACAUUUUGCGAAUAUUUCAAUAAUUGCCACACUUUGUAUAUACAUGGUACCUUAUUUCCAGUAGAAGUUCUAUAUUUAGAGGAUAUAUUACAAGAGACUGGUUAUACAAAUUUUCAAAAUGACUGUCUAGCAUCGGGAAAACCCCAAAGGGGUCACAAUCCGCGGCGCAAACAUGAGAAACAAGCAUCGGAAAAGAAUUUCCAAUAUACCCACAUGAUCGAUUCGUAUGUAUCUGCAAUGAAGGAUAAAUACGAUAGACAAGUUAUUGAUACCUUGCGGCGAUAUUCCGAUUCUGAGGGCUGUGCAAAUUUGAAUUUCUUAGAAUUUUUAAUAUUUUAUAUAUGUGAACAUAAACCUCCGGGAGCGAUUUUAGUUUUUCUGCCGGGUUAUGAACGGAUCUCAAAGUUGAAUGAUCAACUACAGAGGCCCUCUAAUCCGAGACAUCAGCAUUUGGCAGAGAAAAUCCAAAUAUAUCCUUUGCAUUCGAUGAUGCCCACAGUGAAUCAAAGAAACGUCUUUGAACCCGCGGCACCGGGUAUGCGUAAGGUAAUUUUAUCCACCAUCUUGGCCGAAACUUCAGUGACCAUUGAUGAUGUGGUCUAUGUUAUAAAUACAGGAAGAACCAAAGUCAAUGAUUAUGAUAUAGAACAAAAUAUACAAACGUUACAAGAAGACUGGGUUAGUGUGGCAAAUUCCAAGCAACGUAAAGGUCGUGCUGGUCGUGUGCAGCCCGGUGUUUGUUAUAAUUUAUUUACAAGAGUUAGAGAGAGGUCAAUGUGUGAGAUACCUGUACCAGAGAUAUUACGUACCAAAUUAGAGUCCAUAAUAUUGAAUUUGAAACUGCUGCAUAUCAAAGAACCUUAUGAUUUUCUAAAAACAUUGAUAAAUGUCCCCGACAUUAGAGCCAUAAAUCAUGGUCUCAAACUUUUGAAAUGCAUAGAUGCCCUAGAUAAUGAAUGUAAUCUAACGCCCUUGGGUUUACAUUUAGCCCGUUUACCCAUCGAUCCACAAAUGGGGAAAAUGAUUUUAAUGGCUGCCCUAUUUCGUUGUUUGGAUCCCAUAACAUCGGCAGCCGCAGGUAUUUCAUUCAAAAGUCCCUUCUACACACCCUUGGGUUUGGAGAAAAAGGUUGAUAACAUAAAACGUGAUUUGGCACAAAAUACCAAAAGUGAUCACCUGUUAAUUCACAAUGUCAUAAAAAGUUAUCGCACAGCUUGUGAUCAGGGGAGUGAUAUGAAUUUUUGCUACAACAACUUCUUAAGUAAAUCGACGGUAUCACAAAUUGAAAAUAUGAAGCAAUUUGCAGAAAUUUUAAGGAAUUCAAGUUUCUUAGAAUCUGCUGAUUGUUGUGCCAGAAUUUCCAACACUAAUUCGGAUAAUGUUCCCCUGCUAAGGGCCAUAAUUGCCUCGGGGCUUUAUCCUAAUUUGGCAUUUUUAAGAAAAGUAAAACGUGUUGGUCGCCAUGUCCAUGCCAUACAUAGUAUGUCAACGCCUGUAGAUCGUAAGGUGAACUUCCAUCCAUCUUCGGUAAAUAGUGGAGAGGGUUCUUUCGAUGCCAACUAUUUUGUUUAUUUUCAAAAGCAAAAAACAUCUAAAGUUUAUCUUUUAGAUGCCACCAUGGUGUUUCCCAUGGCCUUGCUGAUAUUUGGCGAUGGUGUAAAACAAGGAGAGUUAUCGCCUCAUGAACCUUACAUUAGUGUGGCGGAUAUAUAUUUCUUCAAAUGCGACAGAGAAUCUUCUAAUGUGAUUUUAAAACUCCGACAACUUCUUGGUGUGCUGCUCAGAAAAAAGGCUAUGCAUCCCUCACCCAUUGAACCCAAUAGCAGUGAUGAACAGUUAAUAAGAGCCAUACACUUGCUACUUUCUUUGGAUGAUAUGGGUGAACACGUUGAUCAAUAUCCGACGGAUGAGGAGGACGAUGAUGAUUAUACCGAAGAUUACUAAAAGGAGCAGUGCUCCAAUUUCAGUAGAUAUGUAAUCCAGAUUGGACUGCAAAUAAUGACUACAAAAUACUGGAUAAAAUGACCAUUUUUUAUACAGAUCCAAUUAUAUUUCAAUGUUUUUGCUUUCUUUAAUCGUCUUCUAACAAAGCGAAGGCAUUACGCGAUGUCGAGGCCUGUCCAGCAAGAUAGGCAUUUUCAGCAGCUUCAUCGUCUUCAUCGGCAUUUGUUUCAUCGUUGGACGAACUAUUUUCAUCGGUUUCGUAUGCACCUAUAGUAAAAGAAAUAAAAUCAAAUGAAAUAAAGAAUUAGCAAAUCGAAUAA